UAGGUGUGGCACUGCUGGGCGUGCACGACCCUCCUCUCCGCACUCAAAGUCCCCUUUAUAACAGUGCAGUCGCUGCUGCGUAGCCUGUGCUGAUUUUUUUUCCUGACCUCCUGCUUGUGGUUCCUGCUGACUUCCAUCCAAAAUGUCUGACGGCUUUUCGCUCGAUGAUGCAUUAUCUGGUCAAGGAAAUGCAAACGCCCAGCAAUCACACAACCUGAAUAACCCCUGGGGAGGUCAAAACCCUGGACAGCAGUACCCAGGAUUCCCAGGACCAGGCCAAGCCCAGCAGUUCCCAGGACCAGGCCAACCCCAGCAGUACCCAGGCCAACCCCAGCAGUUCCCAGGCCAACCCCAGCAGUUCCCAGGCCAACCCCAGCAGUACCCAGGAAUGCCUGCAGGUGGCCAGCAGUACCCAGCAUAUCCAGGUUUCCCAGGGCCAGGGCAGUCAUACCCAGGGGCUCCAACUGCAGGACAAACAGUACCCUCAGCACCUUCUGGUCCAAGGAAAGUACCAUGUGAAAUACCCUUGCCCUUGGGGUGCACAAAAGGACUGCUGUUGAAUAUCAGUGGCGUACCGAAUGGCAAGAGGUUUGUUAUUGACUAUAAAGAAGGAAAUGAUAUUGCUUUCCACUGCAAUCCCCGUUUUGAUGAACGGCCUAAUGUCCUUGUGCGCAAUUCAAUGAUUCGUGGUGUAUGGGGAAAAGAGGAACGUGAAUGUCCGAAGUUUCCAUUUCAGCAGGGACAACCAUUCAGGCUUCAAAUUCUCUGUGAACCAGAAGCCUUUAAAGUGGCUGUGAACAACGAGAACAUCUGCCAGUACCAGCACAGGCUGAAAAACUUAGCAGGGAUUAAGAGUAUAUGCAUUGCUGGUGACGUCACCAUCACUGACACUUCCUUAACUACAGUGUAAUAUAAUACAGUACCAGUCAAAUUGCUGAGCCCCCCUUGCAAGUGAAUCAGCACACAUGUAGCACUGCUGUAGAAACUUAUAUUGAGAAGCUUAAAAAAAUAUAUAUAAUAAAGUUUAUAAAAAUUAA